AAUGAACAAUGUUUUAUUCUCCAGUCGUUCAGACUGUUCCCGUUGUGCCACAAAUCGUACUAGUUUCGCCACCCCCUCCUCCGCAGCAGCAACUAACUGUUCAAUACGUUCAGCAAGCGGACUUUUCCUCAGAUUUAUAUCACCCGCCUAAUCUUUCGGCGAGCGAAUUGAAAGAGCAAGUGCUCAGCAUUCCUGCCGAACAGAAGAGGCUUUUCGAAGCCCUUAAUAGCUCGGAAGAUGAUAUCGAUAAUAUUUUACAGGAGAGUCGUCUUUGUGGAACUCCAGUUGGGUUACAGAACGGUCUUAUCUUAAGUAUGGCUGCUCGAGGAGUUAAACGACAUUAUUCUGAACCCGCUCGUCAACGGAAUAAUCCAUCUUAUAACGACUCGUCAUCUGAGGGAAAACGUUAUAGACCGAAUCCUAAGAGCGGCGUUUCUUUUAUUUCCCAUAAUUCGAAGCGUAUCGACAACCAGAAGAUAAACACUUUCUUGAUCGAGCAUUACAACAAAAUGCAACAACCCCCUGAGAUGUAUAGUGGUAAAAUGCAGUUGAGAGAGGCUCUAAAUGCAGUUCUCAAAGCAGUAUUUCCUUAUGCUGGUUUGUAUGUUGUUGGCUCAUCAAUGAAUGGUUUCGGUACAAAUAAGAGCGAUAUGGAUCUAUGUUUGAUGCUUACACAUUUACCGAUUGAUCAGCGUCAAGAAGCCUUUGAUAUUUUACGAAUAGUUCAGCGGUCUUUAAGAAAGCUUGAUUUUAUAUCUAAUAUUUUGCUAAUUCCUGCCAAAGUGCCUAUUCUGAAAUUCACUGACAAUUUGAAGCACAUUGAAUGCGAUUUAAAUAUUAAUAAUCAUGUCGGAAUACGAAAUACCCACUUGUUAAAUGCAUAUUCGAAAAUUGACUGGCGUAUCAAACCUCUAGUUAUCUUCGUUAAGAGUUGGGCUAAAUUUCAAAAUAUUAAUGAUGCAAGUCAGGGAACAAUUUCGAGCUAUAGUAUAGUGCUAAUGGUCCUACAUUAUUUACAAUGCGGUUGUAAUCCUCCAGUUAUUCCAAAUCUGCAAAGAUUAUUUCCCAAUAAAUUUUCUUCUCAAACCGAUAUUAGGAGUUUAACGUUAAAUGAAAGAAUGGAAUAUCCUCCUUCUAACAACUCACAGACAGUUGGAAAAAUAUUUAUCGGAUUUCUUAAAUAUUUUAGUGAAGAAUUCGACUUUGACAAGUACGUUAUAUCUAUCAGAACAGGGACAAAAUUGCUUAAAUCAACAGUAAUUAGAGAAAAUCCUGAAAAUCACUCCCAAUGGAAAUGCUUAUGCAUUGAAGAACCUUUUGAUGGGACAAAUACGGCUAGAAGUUGUUUUGACACCCAAGUCUUUCAAAGAGUUCAUACAGUCUUCAAGAAAAGCUACCAAAAAGUUUUAAGCACUGCUUCCGUAUCUCAUUUACUUAGCCAGUCGGUACAUGAAUGAAAAAAAAAAGCUUUCGUAAUUCUUUUAUAUUUCAUAUUUUAGUUAAUAAGUUUCCAUUCGUACGGUGUUCAAAAACUAUGGAUAGCGCGCCACUUUCUCCAUAAUUUGUCAAUUUCUUUUUUGCUAUAUUCGCUUUCGUGUAGAACGACGAUACGCAGUCAUUUUAAAAAUAAAAAUGGUUGGAAAGUGCAAACGCCUCUUUAUAGUUUUUUUUUUCUUUUUAACCUUUAUCUCCCAAAAAAACAAAUGUUUUUACCUAUAAACUGUAUGUAUAAUGAAGAAAAAAAUCAUAACAAUAAUAACAAUUAAAAAAAGAAGGAAUAUAUAUAUAUCUAUAUAUAUAUAUAUAUAUAUAUAUAUAUACAGUAUAUAUGUAAGCAAAUGUUCGAAAAGAAUUCAUUUUUCAGAAUAGGCCUAAUUAAUGGGAUUUAUUCUUUUAAAAAAUUUUAAUUAUUUUAACUGGAGAGAAUUUAUCAUACUAAAAGUUUCCGUACUGUAUUUUGUAAUAUUUACAAAAAAUGAAAAGAAAAAAAAAACAACAUCAAUUGUAUUAACAUUAAAUAGAAAUUUCGUGAUAUUCCAUGCCCCAGAAAAAAAAGAGAUAUAAAAUGAAAAAAAGUUAUCAAAACUAAUCAAAAAAAAUAGAAUCAUAACAAUAAUUAUGAUGAUUGUAUAAUUAUAAUGAUGACGAUGACGAUGAUAAUGGUAAUGAUGAGGAGGAUGAUAAUUGAAAGUAAAAAUUUCAUUUUUCAACUAUUUUUUAUUGUAAUGAAAAAUAAAGGAAAUAUGUAUAUAUGUAUAUUUAUA